CUGUGGAAGCUCACAGUAACAGACAGACAUGUGGAUCUCUAUAGCUUUGAUCUGUGCAGUGUUACUGGUUAUAUUCCUGAUCAGUUAUGUAUUCAGCUCUUCAGGACCGAAUCCUUUUCAAACUGACACCCGUGAACCACGUAAACCAGUAAUGCUGGAUAAGAAAGAGAGAAAGAAAGUGCUGAAACAAGGCUUUGUGACCAGUAGAAUCCCAGAGGACCUCGAUGCCGUUGUGAUCGGCAGUGGCAUUGGUGGGCUUGGUAUUGCUGUUUUGCUAGCAAGGGUUGGAAAGAAAGUGCUGGUGCUGGAACAGCAUGAUCGUGCUGGAGGAUGUUGUCACACCUUCUCGGAGAAUGGCUUCGAUUUUGACGUUGGGAUUCACUACAUCGGUGAGCUUCAGGAGAAAAGUCAUUUAGGCUGCAUAGUGGACCAGCUUACUAAUGGCCAGCUACAGUGGGAUCCGCUGGACAACCCCUAUGACCAGGUGGUCCUGGGUCCCCCAGAGAACCGGCGCAUCUACCCUAUAUACAGCGGCCAUGAGCGUUUCACCUCGGAGCUGAAAAAGUGUUUUCCUGGAGAGGAGAAGGCCAUUGAUGAGUUUGUGAGACUGGUUAAGAAAUGUGCUCGUGGUGUAUCGGUACUGGGGUUGAUGAAGCUACUCCCAUCUACACUGGCUAAAUUCUUGGUUUAUACGGGGCUCAUUGAUCAUCUGUCAUAUUUCUUCUCCUACGGAAGACGCAGUCUGUCUGAGGUGGUGAACAGCCUCACUGAUAAUAAAGACCUCAGGGCUGUGCUCUGCUACAUAUUUGGCACCUAUGGAAAACCUCCAAAAGAAGCCAGCUUCUCCAUGCAAAGUUUACUGUUUUGCCACUACUUUAAUGGUGCCUGGUACCCCAAAGGAGGUUCCAGUCAGAUUGCUUACAACAUGAUCCCCAUUAUUGAAAAGGCAGGGGGAGCCGUGCUUGUCAGAGCGCCUGUGAACCGCAUCCUGCUCAACAGUGCCAAUGAGGCUAUAGGGGUGAGUGUUAUGAAGGGACGGGAGGAGGUGCAUGUUCACGCCCCCCUCGUCAUCUCAGACGCAGGAAUCUUCAACACCUAUCAGACAUUACUGCCUAAAGAGGUCCAGACCAUGCCAGGGAUUCAGAAGCAGCUGAGCAUGGUAAAGCAUGGUGAGGCCGGUGUCAGCAUCUUUAUUGGUCUGAAUGGAACAAAAGAGGAGCUGGGCCUAAAAGCUGACAACUACUGGAUCUUCCCUGAGAAUAACCUGGAUGAGCUAAUUGACGACUACAUGAAAGGACAACGGGACGAGUCUGUUAAAAACAUACCUUUGCUUUUCAUCGCUUCUCCGUCCGCCAAAGAUUCCACCUGGGAGCAGAGAAAUCCAGGUAAAUCUACUCUGACUUUGGUGACGUUUGCACCCUACUCCUGGUUUGAGGAAUGGAAAGAUGAGAAGGUCACAAACAGAGGGGCUGACUAUCAAGAACUGAAGGACACCAUCAUUAACUCUGUUAUGGAAGUGGUGAUUCAGAUUUAUCCCAAAGUCAAAGACAGGAUCGAGUACACAGAUGCAGGCACUCCUCUCACUAAUCAGCACUACAUAGCAUCCCCUAAGGGUGAGAUCUAUGGAGCGGACCACGACAUUGCUCGCUUUACUGCAGACGUCUGCGCAACCAUCCGACCUCGAACACCCAUCAAAAAUCUCUUCCUGACUGGCCAAGACGUGGCUUUGUGUGGUUUUGCGGGUGCGAUUUCAGGUGCUAUGAUCUGUGGAUCUGCUAUUCUCAACCGCAAUCUUUAUCAUGAUCUUGAAUUCCUGAAAAGGAAACUCGAACAGGCGAACACUAAGAAAGUCCAGUAAUCACACCGUUUACACAGCUUACUCGAAUCAGGCUGAGGGCAGUAACAGCAAAAUUAGACAUUAAUUACAGUUAUGAUUCAUGCUAUAAAACAGAAUGUGUCAAUAUAUAAAAAAUUUAUCAGUUAAUAAAUGGAAUUUUAAUGACAUGAA